AUGCAGGCCACCAGCAAAGAAGAAUACUCCGUUCUUCUCCUCGGGCUCGACAACGCUGGCAAGACGACGCUCCUCUCCCAGAUCAAAGCCCUCUUCCAACCCCGUCCCGAUGGCGCCCCUGCCCCGAACCCAGGCAAGACCGUGCCCACGGUCGGCCAGAACGUGACGACCAUCUCCCUGCCUGAAAUGUACCUGAAAAUCUGGGACGUGGGCGGACAACUCACGAUGCGGAACCUCUGGCAAAGCUACUACGCCAGCUGCCACGCGAUCGUGUUCGUCGUCGACAGCACCGACGUCGGUCAAGACCCCGACGUGACCCGUCUGCCUUCUUCGGUUGCGAAUAAUCGCCGACGCAGCUCGUCGGGAAGCGACCCCGCCGACGCCUUCACGGAGGAGAUGGUGGGCAUUGAUGCCCCCGGGAGUGAUUUCGGUCGGCUGGACGAGUGUCGCCAGGUGUUGGAGUCGGUCUUACAAAACGGCGACGUCGCGGGGGUGCCGAUCCUGGUGCUGGCGAACAAGCAGGACCGGGAGGAUUCGGUGGAGGUGGUGCGCAUCAAGGAGGGGUUUGUGCGCAAGGUCUUCGAGGGGGAUACGGGGACGGCGCUGCGUGAUAGUCGUGUCUUGCCGGUCAGUGCUCUGCUCGGGUCGGGUGUCCAGGAGGCUGUCGAGUGGGUGCAGACUCGUGUGCGCUGGAAUAAAGACGCCAGACCUCCACUGAUGAGGUGA